AAUUUAUAAUGAAUCCAAUCCAUUUUAUGUGGAUACCUUUCAAACUCCUCGGAGUACAUCACCACCACCAAAAUUAUCACCUUUUCUUCAGACAAUAGCUAUUCGAGUUGCUAGAUUAUUUGGAUAUUAUGAUUUACCAAUACAAGCUCUCGGAGUAACAAGAGCAAUGUAUCAAUUAUGUGCUAGGCAAUUAGAAGCAAAUCGAGAAUUUUACAUUGAUGGUAAAGAAAUUUAUAUUGAUAUUAAUAAUAUCGGAUGUAAAUUACCGGAUAGUUUUCAAACCUGGUUUUCAAUAACGUUAUUACAUGUUUGGAUGUUGAUGGUCAGGUUUAGAGCCGAAAAGGAUGGAAAAGUUUAUAUGCAACAAUUAGUAAAUCAUUUAUUUGAUGAUGCGGAAUGGAGGAUGAGAGAAAUACAUGGUAUCACAUCAGGUAGAAUCAUUACCCAAUAUUUAAAAGAUUAUCUUGCCCAAUUUCAUGGUGGAGUUAUAUCAUAUGAUGAAGGAUUAUGCAAAAACGAUCCAGUAUUGGCAGCAGCACUAUGGAG